GGUCUUCGCCAGAUUUCCCAGAGGACCAUAAGCACUGCUUCACGUAGGCAGAUUGAAAAUAGAGUUCCUGAGAAGCAGAAGCUUUUUCAGGAGGAUAAUGGCCUCCCGGUGCAUCUUAAAGGCGGUAUAAUGGAUGCUCUGUUGUACAGAGUCACCAUGGGUCUUGCAGUUUUUGGAACAGUGUAUGUUGUUUAUGAGCUGCUCGGCGCUUCAGUGCCUAAGAAGCAGAAGUGA